AAGAAUGAUAUAUAAAAAAAUUGCCUAAAAUCUCUAAAAUUCUUAAAUUGGUAGCAAUUGGACAUUGGGUUAUCCGAAAAAUAGUAUUUUUCAUUAUUAUUUCCAUUACUAAGCUUACUUAUGAUAUUGCUCUAAUUUAUAUGGUCUUUCUCAUUUAUAUGAAAAAAAUUGGCAAAAUUUAACAAGUUAUUAACAAUGGCUAUUGUGAAAACACCGGUGCUCAAAGUUAUUUUGUGUGGUGAAUAUGGUGUUGGAAAAAGCUCUAUUUUCAGGCGUUUUAUAAACAACACAUUUUUACCAAGCUCAGACAGACGAUCAACAUUAGGAUUAGAUCAUUUUGAGAAGCUCUAUCAAGUCGCCGACAAGGACGUUAAAUUACAGUUAUGGGACACUGGUGGCAUGGAGAGGAUAGCAUCUGUAACAUCCAGUUACUAUAAAUUUGCUGAAGCUGCAAUACUGGUGUUUUCAUUAGAUAAUGCAUCUUCAUUCCAUGUGCUAAGUCAACAUUUGUUAGAAAUAGUAACAUAUGCUGAAAAUGCAAAAAUAUUUCUAUGUGGAAAUAAAUCAGAUUUGGAAGGUUCAUCACCUCAAGUAACUGAUGCAGAUAUAGAAAACUUUUGUGAACAGUGUCACAACCUUAUCAGUACUACUUACAAAACAUCAUGUAAAACAGGCAAAGGAUUGGAAGAAAUGUUUUCUGACAUUGCUCUACAACUAGUAGAUUCAAAUAGGUCCAGAAUAGAGCUGCAGACAUUAGACCAUAACAGUUUUAAAAUAACUCAACCUGAACCUCCAGAAGAACCCCAUUGUAGUUGUUAAACCAUAGACAUUAGUCUACUUUUUUAUGUAUAUAAUUUACAAGUAUCCAGUAUUUUACAACUCUGAUAUUAUGAAGUAUUUACUGUCGUGUGUAUUCCACGUGGCCUAAUUGAUUUAUUAUUAAUAGUUUUAUGAAAUAUUAUGUAUUUGUAAUUUACAUAAGAAUUAUUUUUGGAGUAUGUGCAUAUUGGUAGAUGAUUUGCUAAAAUAAUUAAUACUCAAUAAUUAGGCUUUUGCUAGAAAUUUGCUCAUAAGAAUAUUUGGAUUUGUAUACAAUUUUAUCAUUGCCAUUCUGAAAAUUCAAAUAAUAAUAUGUAGCAAAAUUUAAUGUGUUUAUAACAUCAUGUAUGAUGUAGUUUUUAUAUUAUGAAUAUCAACAAUUUAAAAAUAUACUUAUGUAUGCAAGCAUAUUUUUUUUAAUUCAUAUAGUGAAUGUAUGCUGCCAGUGCUGCAUUUGCUGAUACAAUUAAUCCAAGUAUUUCAACAUGGACAUAUAAAAACUUAUUUGCAAAAGAUUUUUAUUGCAUAACAAUUUAUUUUUUAAUCUAUGAAUUAUUUUUUUUAUUAUUAUGCUAAGAUGUAAUAGGAUAUUAUUUCAAGUACCUGACAAUCUGUUUAUGUUGUAACGUACUGCUGAUAUUUUUUACAGUUUUUUUGUUAAUAUUUACUAUAAUAAUUGGUAUAAGUUUAUGUAGAAUUAAUUACUUUACUAGUCAAUAUUGAUUAUAUUGACAAGGUAUAAAUGUUCUAAUAUACAAAAUAAGCAAAAAUGUGACCUUA